CUCUCUCUCUCUCUCUCUCUCUCUCUCAAUUUGAAAAGAAUUAUUGAAGUUUCCUUUGUUGCUUUCCCUCUCUCCUAUCUGCUACUUUCCCUGUCAGAGUUUAUGACUGCACUGUUUGGUUUGAUUGUUCAAUCUUUUGCAUCUUAUCAUGUAACAUGAGUUUAUCCAGUCAUAUUUAUUUAAAGAAUUCUUUUGUUUGGGUAUUCAUUCCUAUCAUUUUUUGGCCAGGAAUUGGCCUUUCUCUUUAGAGAUCCUUAUAUCUGAGCCUUAUGAAUCCCAAAUCUAGAGCAUCAUUUUUUUGCCUAAUAAUUUUUCAGAAUUUGCAGAGCUUUUGAACAUAUUUUUCAGCAGUGUGUCAAAAAUUUCAGUAUUACAGCUGUAAUGUUGAUCUUCAUGGUUUCCUAAUAUCAAUUCAGAAACAUAUAUGAGAUCUUCAUUAUCUUUUCUUACUAACUCAUGACCUUAGUCUUUCUUGUUCUUGCUACAAAUAAACAGCACUUUCCUUCCUCUUUUUUUUGAUAAUUUCAGUUGACAGACACUAGAAUAAUGCAUAGAAUUCUCUGAAUGUCAUGAGGAUUUCCGAAUGGGUUUGUAUCUUGACCUGUGGAAACUGAAAUUCUUGUAGGAUGAUUUAAUUGUUUUUUUAAACUUCCAGUAUGAUUCAAUUUCCCCGCUAAGUUUUGCCUCCUAGGCCAUCUCUCAUUUACCAGCACUAGAUGACAAACAUAUUGUAUUUUGUCUUUGGCAGUAGUUUUGCAUUCAACAUCGUGGAUAGCAUGAUGUAGGCUACCGUCCAUCUCCUAGGUAGUUGUUGUGUUUUCCCUCUAUAAUGUGAUUCCUAACCAUCCCGAAAUGACUCUCUUGGAGACCCUUGGAUCCAAAAGAACCUUUUUUCGCUAUUUCUCAAUUCUCUGCUUCUCUAUUGUCGUUGUAAACUCCUUGAACGACGAAGGGCGCCGACUUCUCGAGUUUAAAGAUGGCCUCAAUGACAGCAAUGGAAAUCUCCAGAACUGGAAUUUGUCUGACUUUACGCCUUGUAAAUGGAGAGGCAUUAGCUGCACCCUUUACAGGGUAACUUCCAUAAACCUUCAUCUCUUCAAUUUAUCUGGUGCAUUAUCUCCGAGCAUUUGUGAGCUGCGUCAUCUUAAAGUCUUCAAUGUAUCGAAGAACAUGAUCUUCGGCCCUUUACCUAGAGGUUUGUUCAAUUGCACCCGUCUGGAGGUUCUAGAUGUAGGUACCAACAAGCUUCAUGGUGAGAUACCCCAAGAAUUAGGUAAGCUAUCCAAUAUGAGAAGGCUUUACCUUGAUGAGAACUACCUUUUUGGCAAAAUCCCUGAUGAGGUUGGAAACCUCUCAUCUCUUGAAGAACUUGUCAUAUACAGUAACAAUUUCACUGAUUCCAUACCCAACUCCAUUAGUAAUCUGAAGAAACUGAGGAUUAUAAGGGCAGGUCUCAAUUUUCUUUCAGGUCCUAUUCCACUAGAGAUCAGUGAAUGUGGGAGCUUAGAAAUCCUUGGAUUGGCUCAGAAUAAGCUACAGGGCCUUCUUCCGAAGGAGCUCCAAAGGCUUAGGAAUCUCACAACUCUGAUCCUUUGGCAAAAUCAGUUAACAGGAGAGAUACCCCCUGAGAUUGGGAAUUGCAGCAAUUUGGAGAUGCUCGCGUUAAAUAAGAAUGGUUUCAGUGGUGGAGUCCCAAAGGAGUUGGGUAAAUUGUCUAAAUUGAAGAAGCUUUAUAUCUACACUAAUCAGCUGAAUGGCACUAUACCAAAAGAGCUGGGGAACUGUACAUCUGCUGUAGAGAUUGAUCUUUCAGAGAAUAGGUUGAUAGGGACCAUACCAGCGGAGCUUGGGAGGAUUCAGACCCUAAGGCUACUUCACCUUUUUGAAAACCUUUUGCAGGGAACCAUCCCUAGAGAGCUUGGGCGGUUGAGUCAGUUGAGAAAGAUUGAUCUUUCGAUUAACAACCUAACAGGUACGAUUCCCAUUGGGUUUCAGGACCUUACCUCUCUAGAGUAUCUGCAACUCUUCGACAAUCAUCUUGAAGGCACAAUACCUCCUCAGUUAGGGGCUAACAGUAAUUUAUCCGUUCUUGAUGUAUCUGAGAACAAGCUCGUGGGUAGAAUACCGGUACAAGUUUGUAAGUUUCAGAAGUUGAACUUUCUGACCAUUUGGUCUAACAAAUUAACGGGUGGCAUACCCUAUGGUGUCAAGACCUGCAAAUCUUUGGUGCAGUUGAGAUUGGGAGAUAACCAGCUUAGUGGUAGCCUCCCCGUUGAAUUAUCUGGGCUUCUAAAUUUAACUACUCUUGAGCUGUAUCAAAACCGAUUUUCUGGGUUUAUUCCUCCAGAAUUUGGUAAGCUUAAGAAACUUGAGAGGCUGCAUUUGUCAGAUAACAACUUUGUUGGAAAGAUCCCUAGUCAGAUUGGUGAGUUGGCAGAUCUUGUUAGCUUCAAUGUUUCGUCAAACAGAUUGUCAGGGACUAUUCCCCCUAGUUUAACCAAUUGUAAAAAUCUCCAAAGGCUUGAUUUGAGCAGAAAUAUAUUAACCGGUUUUGUCUCCCAAGAACUCGGCAAUUUGACAAACCUAGAACUUCUAAAGUUGUCUGAUAACCAACUAAAUGGAACCAUUCCUGGUUGGUUGGGUAGUUUGUCUCACCUUACAGACUUGCAAAUGGGAGGAAAUCAUUUAUCUGGCUCUAUACCUCCUGAAUUGGGUCGUCUCACUACUUUGCAAAUUGCUCUGAACCUUAGUAACAAUCUCCUUUCUGGAGAAAUACCAAUGGAACUGGGAAAUUUGCAGAUGCUUGAAGCUCUCUACUUGAACAAUAACCAACUUGAUGGUGAAAUUCCCGUGGCUUUGGGUGACUUAUCCAGCCUUCUAGUGUGCAAUCUUUCUUAUAAUAGUCUUGGGGGGGAGGUACCUAACACUCAAGUUUUUCGGAGGAUGGAUGCGAGCAAUUUUAUGGGAAACAAAGACCUCUGUGGGUCCAUGAUGAAUCCUUGCCUGUCUCCUUCAUCGCAGCCCAAUUCUCUACACCCCCAUUGGCUUGAGAAGCAAAACGCUAAGGAGGAAAUCGUGAGCAUAAGUGCGGUGUUUGUGGGGUUGGUGUCUUUAAUUCUCACAGUGAGCGUUUGCUGGCUCAUAAAGCGACCAGGGUCUAUGUUUGUCCCUUUUGAAAACCAUAAACUUGACGAAACUGAUACCUAUUAUUUCCCCAAAGGUGGUUUCAGCUAUCAGGACCUUCUAGAAGCCACUGGAAAUUUUUCAGAGAGUGCAGUGAUAGGGAGAGGAGCUUGUGGGACCGUGUACAAAGCUUUUAUGGCCAAUGGGGAUUUUGUUGCAGUCAAGAAGCUGGCCUCUCAUGGAGAUGGAUCGAAUAUCGACACUAGCUUUAGUGCUGAGAUUUCAACCUUGGGUAAAAUUAGGCACCGCAACAUCGUUAAGCUCCAUGGUUUUUGCAAUCACACGGAUUCGAAUCUUCUCUUGUAUGAAUACAUGGAGAAUGGGAGCUUAGGUGAAGUGCUUCGUGGUGAGCCUUGUUUGUUGGACUGGGAUGCUCGCUAUAAGAUAGCCCUUGGAGCAGCUCAAGGCUUGUCCUAUUUACACUAUGACUGUAGACCUCAAAUUGUUCAUCGUGAUAUAAAGUCGAAUAAUAUUUUAUUGGAUGGCACUUUUGAAGCUCAUGUGGGAGAUUUUGGCCUGGCCAAGUUGAUUGACCUGUCACAUUCGAAGACCAUGUCUUCUGUUGCAGGUUCAUAUGGCUAUAUUGCACCUGAAUAUGCGUACACAAUGAAGUUCACUGAUAAGUGUGACAUAUAUAGUUUUGGAGUUGUUCUUUUGGAGCUGGUUACCGGGCGAUCCCCAGUUCUGCCCCUUGAUCAGGGAGGCGAUCUGGUUACUUGGGUCCGGAGGUCAAUUCCAAACACAGAGUUGAGAUCUAAGGUUUUUGAUUCUCGAAUAGAUUUCAGCAAGAAGAGGAUAGAAGAGGAGAUGGCUCUGGUUCUCAAGAUUGCCUUGUUCUGUACCAGCAUGUCGGCCCUUGAUAGGCCCAACAUGAGAGAGGUAGUGGCCAUGCUGAUUGAUGCCAGAGAAUCCUCUUGUGCUUCUCUUUACUCUCCAACAUCAGAAACACCUUUAGAAGAAGACCCUGCACUAGAAGGACGCAUGGACUCGUGACUGAUUAUUGGUCUAAUACACUGAGGGAUUCAUCCACUUUUGUUCUCAUUGCCAAAAUCUUACCAACAACAGCGGGUGCCUUUGAGUUACAAAAGCGACCACACUCAAAAUUACUCUUCAAAUCAGAAGAAGCAAAGCUACAAUUCGACCAUUGUUUCGAUCCACAACAUUUGCAGUGAUGUAUUUUAGAGAAAAAUACAUGCUCAGAACAUACCUCUUUGUGGGCGCUAUGGAAUCCCAAACCCUGAAUCCCUAAAUUGAAGAGGUGUAUCAAAACCCUAAAAUUCUCCCUUGCUUGUUGAUGAUGCAAAUACUUGGUCCAUCGAGUCUAUGAGUUUCUAAAGGUUGAAUUCGUGAUGAGAAGAGGAACCCUCAACCUUAAUCAAGAACCUAAGAAUGUUCAAGCAUCCUUCUCAAGUGUACCUCCAGUGUAAGAAAAAGUUGAUCGCCACGAUACCCUGUAAGAAAAUGAGGGAAUUUUGAUUAGGACGAGAGAAAAAAAGCAAUUUAUUUGGACAAGAGAGAGUGCACAAUUUCUGUCAAACGUGUCAAUGUUUGUUUAUUGAAUUUUCGAGAUGCAUGUUAGUUGUACUUAAAUUUCUUGGGGUUGAUAUUUGAGCUCUCAUCUGAUCCUUUCUAUUAUUAAUUUUCAUAUUUGAAGUUUG